AUGCCUGCCGUUGAAAUAUCAGUCUCUAAGCUUGGCAGUCUCUUUCAAGAAGAAGGCAAGAUUUCGGUUUAUACACGACUAGGCAAUACUCUCCUAGAGAUCCAAGGUGAGCUAGAACACCCGCUAGAAGUACCUCAAGGAAAUACGAACGGUAAAUUCACGAAGUAUCGAGGUGAGGACAUUGUUAGAUUUGGACUGCUCUCUGUUGAUGAAGAUCAAAAGAGGGCCACGUUGUUUGUUGGGGAGAAACAAAGACUGCUAGGCACGAUUGUUAAACUGGAGACACCAUUGGGUUUGCUUAAAUUUGAUCAUGAAUCGGUAUCAGUGGAACUUCAAGACAUUAUAAGGUACAAGAUAAUUUUCAAAGAUCGGCCCUUGCCGGUUAUGUAG